AUGUCUCGUUCUUUCUUAGUGGACGCGUUAAUUAGUGAGACGAAAGAUUGCAAGAAAACUGAAAUGUCAAGUGAUCCUUUACAAACUUACACACACCUCAUGUCACAUCACCUAGACACCAGACCGAAGUUUCUUCCAUACCCAUACCCGGGAAGCUUGAAUAAUUUGCUAACUCUUGGGUUACAACAUCAGCAAAGAACCCCGGACCUCUUCAGGCCGUUCUUGGAGCAACUUAAUUUUCGCUACCCAUUGAUGCACCAACUACCGCGCCAACCUGAAAUAUAUGAGCCGCCCCAAAGCGAAGGUCGUUCAUUUGAAACUUACUUGAAAACUGAAGAACAAGAACCUGUUAACUUUGUUAAUAGGAGGAAGAAAUCAGUGUCUCCGUACUUACAUCAUCCUUACAAGCCCAUCGCUAUAUCACCUGCUAAAAGUCAAGGUCAGAGAUCUCCAUCUUUAUCUAGUGAAAGUCGAAAUGGUACUCCAAGUCCACCACUCGCUCAUCCAGAGGAGUUACUCCCAGGUUACUCUCAAGAUCUAAAACGGAUGCCGUUGAAAGAAGAUUCUAGCAAACGUAUCCGAACAGCUUUUACAGGAACACAGUUACUCGAAUUAGAAAGAGAAUUUUCAAUGAAUAUGUAUUUAUCGAGAUUAAGAAGAAUUGAAAUCGCUUCCAGGCUAAAACUCUCAGAAAAGCAAGUUAAGAUUUGGUUUCAAAACCGUCGUGUCAAAUUGAAGAAGGAAGAAAGUCCUGUGACUAACGACGGAAAAAAUAAGAAAUGUUGCUGUUCGAAAGCAUCUUGUUCAUCAAAAAAUAGUUCUUCAUCCUGUGAAAAUGACCAAGAACAAAUAGAUGUGGUCAGUGACAAUGAUGGCAGUUUUGAAGCCCAAAAUCUGUCACGAUACUCGUGA